UACUCCUAUUCCCAUUUUCAUUCCCAUUCUCAUCAUUCCCUUCGCAAUCCCCAAUUUGCCGAUGAUCCGAUCGAAACAGACAGCAUCUCUGCUCCAUUGAUCCAAAAAGUUACGGAAGAAAAGAAGAGAAGAGGAAAGAUUUAGAAAAGGAAACAGAGCAGCAUCGAUCGCUUCUUGUUUUUUGCUUGUUCGUCAUCUUCCCAUCGAUCGAUCGAUGAGGAAACUGUGCCCAAACUUCGACAGAGAAGAUGGGCUGGACACGGUGCUGGAGGUGCCCAUUCCGGAGGAGAUGUUCACCAACAUGGGCAACACCGCCGCUCUCCGGUGGCAGAACAUGCGCGCCUGGAUGAAGGCACAGCGCUCCGACAGCAAGUUGGCCACCGUCCUCGCCGGCGGCUCCAGCAAUGACCAGUUUAUGCUGUUGCUUAAGCUCAUUGGCUCCCCGCUCAUCCCCUUCCAGGUCCAGACCGGCCACACCAUGACUUUGCCCAUCAAAGAUGGCUCCAUUGAAGCUUCGACGGCGAAAUACAUAGUUCAACAGUAUACGGCGGCGACGGGGGGACAGGCGGCGUUGGACGCCGUGAACAGUAUGUACGCGGUGGGGCAGGUGAAGAUGGUGUCGUCGGACAUCCACCAAACGGGGGACACCGCGAACGCGAAGCGCAACUGCGAAGUGGGGGGGUUUGUGUUGUGGCAGAAGAAUCCCAACCUGUGGUUCCUGGAGCUGGUUGUUUCCGGCUUCAAAGUCAGCGCCGGUAGCGAUGGCAAAGUGUCGUGGAGCCAAUCCUCGUCCCAGCCAUCGCAGGCUUUCAAGGGCCCUCCCAGGCCUCUCCGCCGCUUCUUUCAGGGCCUGGAUCCAAGAUCAACAGCCAACCUGUUCUUGAACGCGAUGUGCAUAGGAGAGAAGUCGAUCAACAACGAAGCCUGCUUCACGCUCAAGCUGGACGCGAGCUCAGAAAUCAUGAAAUCGCAGAGCACGCCGCACACGGAGAUCGUGCACCACAAGAUUUGGGGCCAUUUCAGCCAGAGAACGGGGCUGUUGGUGAAGUUCGAGGAUUCGAAGCUCGUGAGAAUGAAGGCUUCGAGGGGAGACGAGAGCGUGUUCUGGGAGACUAGCAUGGAGUCUCUUAUCGACGAUUACAGGUGCAUCGAAGGCCUGAAUAUAGCCCACGGCGGCAAGACGACGGCGACCAUUUACCGGUACGGCCACACGCUCAAGCACCGGGCGAAGAUCGAGGAGACAUGGCGGAUUGAAGAGAUCGAUUUCAACAUUUGCGGCUUGACCAUGGAUUGCUUCUUGCCUCCUGCCGAUGUUAAGAAGGAACAAGACAGUGAUGAGCAACUCGUGAGCUAGAAUCCUUAUUUCACCACCUUUUGCAAAAUCUUUCACCUAUUAUCUUCUUUUUUUCCUUUUGUAUAU